AUGUACCUGGUGGCCUCCAAGCCUAGACAGACUGGAAACCGGCCAGUCAAGUCCGCUGGGACCAGGAGCUGGGACCUGGUGCUUUGGGGAGACGCAGCCCCCAAGACCCACCCACGCCAUCAGGGCCCUUCGGCCUCCGGAGCCAAGGUCCAGGAGGCCGGCUUCGGCGCCUCGUCUCUGCUGGGAGGCGCCCCGCGCCACCUCCUCCUCCAUCGCCCCCUGGCAGUCCCCCGAAGCCCCGAGAAGAUCCAAGCAGAGCUGCGGUGCCGCUGGACGACCAGGCGAGGCUGCGCUGCCCGCGAACUUUGCUCCAGACCCUUCGCCUCCGUGUACGCCCUGGUGGAGCACGUCACGGCGGAGCACGUCGGGGGAGCCGCGCCAGCGCUGCACGUCUGCUACUGGCAAGGGUGCUCGCGCGGAGAGAAGCCCUUCCAAGCCAAGUACAAGCUGGUCAACCACAUCCGCGUGCACACGGGCGAGAAGCCCUUUCUCUGCCCUUACUCCGAGUGCCAGAAAGUUUUUGCCAGAUCGGAAAACCUGAAGAUUCACAAAAGAAUCCACACAGGCGAGAAGCCCUUCCGCUGCGGGUUCGCCGGCUGUCCCCGGAGAUUCGCCAACAGCAGCGACCGGAAAAAGCACACCCACGUGCACUCCAGCUACAAGCCCUACCUGUGCAAAGCCAGCGGCUGCGGGAAGUCCUACACGCACCCCAGUUCCCUCCGGAAGCACCUCAAAAUGCACAGCUGCCCUGCCAGCCCCCGCCCCUGCUCCGGGGAGGAACCCCGAGGGGGCGAUUUGCUGGCUCUCCCCUCCCCGUGCCUGGGUUAG